AUGAUUUUUUUUUAUAUUAAUCGCAUUUUAUAUUUUUCGCAUUUCCUCCUUUUUGUUUGUCCCUUUUUCGCAUUUCCUCAUUUUUGUUUGUCCCUUUUUCACAUUUCCUCCUUUUUGUUUGUCCCUUUUUCGCAUUUCCUCCUUUUUGUUUGUCCCUUUUUCGCAUUUCCUCCUUUUUGUUUGUCCCUUUUUCACAUUUCCUCCUUUUUGUUUGUCCCUUUUUCACAUUUCCUCCUUUUUGUUUGUCCCUUUUUUGCAUUUCUUCUUUUUGUUUGUCCCUUUUUUGCAUUUCUUCUUUUUGUUUGUCCCUUUUGCCAUUUCUUCCUUUUUGUUUGUCCCUUUUUCCCAUUUCUUCCUUUUUGUUUGUCCCUUUUUCCCAUUUCUUCCUUUUCAUCACUCCCUUUUGCCAUCACCUUCCCUUUUCCAUUUCUGCCAUUUUAUUUUUCCAUUUUUCCAUCUUUUUUUGCCAUUUCAUCAUUUUUGUUUCUCCCUUUUGCUCUUUCAACCUUUUUGUUUCUCCCUUUUGACAUUUCUUCCUUUUUGUUUCACCCAUUUGCCAUUUCAUCAUUUUUUUCUUGUCCCUUUUGCCAUUACAUCAUUUUUGUUUCUCCCUUUUGCUAUUUCUUCCUUUUUGUUUUUCCCUUCUUGCCAUUUCUUCCUUUUUGUUUUUUCCCUUUUGCCAUUUCUGCUAUUUCUUCUCUUUUGCUAUUUCUGCUUUUUUCUAAAUUUUUCCAAUUUUGUUAUUUAUCCAUUUUUCUCAUUUGUUCCCUUACUUCUUUUCUCACCAUUUAUCCCAUUUUUGCCAUUCACCUUUUUCCUCCAUUUUUUACUAUUCACCUGUUUUUUCUCUUUUUUAUUUCUGCUUUAUUCUGUCUUGUCACUUCUCCUUUUUCUUCUCCUUUUUUCUGUCUUUUACCAUUUUUCCUUUAUGAUUAA